AUGUUACGGAAGUUAUUCGGCUGGCUUGCCAAAUCCACGAACGCACCAUCUCUUGGAUCGCCGCGAGACGUGGAUGUCGUGGACACAUGGGCAUCGCUACCGACUGACCUCCUCCUGGAGAUCGUCCUCCGCAUGGAGGACACCACCGUAGUCCGCUGCGCCUGUGUGUGCAAGCCCUGGCGGCGCGCCAUCAUCGGCAACGCCGCGAGCCUCCGUCGUCGUCCUCACCACGACCGCUUCGAUCCCAGCCUGCUCCUUGGCGUCUUCCACGUGAACAGCGACGAAACGUGGCUGCGGCGCACUCCGGAUCCGUCGCCGUUCCAAUCAGCGCUCCCAUCAAACGGCAGCGGCGGCCACGAGACGGUCGAGUCCUUCGUACCGGCCGCAUCCGCCUCCGCCGCCGGCGCCAUCAGAGGUUUGUACUCCGAGCUAUUGUCCUCCCGUGACGGGUACAUCCUGCUAAAAGCACGCAUAGUGGAUAGGCUUUGCCUGUGCAACCCCAUCACGGGAGUCUGCACGUUUUUCCACCCACCUGCACCAUAUGCGGACUGCGUGUACGUCUUGCUCACCACCGGCCACGACGACCUUUCGCCGUCUGGCGCCGCCAUGAACGACGACUUGGCGGUGCGGAUACUUGCCGUGAAAAGGACAUACAAUUCUGUCUCUAACGAGGAAACAGAAAGACUGACCUACCAGGUCUUCUCCACCUCCGGCUCCGGUGACGGCACUGCUGGGAUGUGGGGGCCAGUCAAGCGCUCUCUCGGGGAGAUGGAGCAGGCUGUGUGCCCGUGGAUAGGACGCCGCAGCACGCUGGUCAGCCGUGGCGCCGUCUACUGGCUUGCCGGGCGUGGAGACCGGUUAAUAUUCUAG